CGGCGGGAGCUGCGCGGCACCGGUUGGGGGUUCCGGCUGCAUUUCCAUGAGAGCAGCCGGCAAGAGCGGAAGAACUGGAACCGAACCGGGGGAAAAUCACGUCGCCAUCGCCAGCCAGCGGCAGAAAAGACUCCCCAGCCACCUUUGGCACUUACUUCCAGCAUUUGCAAACCUUACAGCACAAUACAAAUGUCAGUGUUCACACUGGAAAUUGAACAAUGACUCAGCACAUGCUCCAGUCACCUUGAGCCAGGACUCACUUUCCCUCAGUUCAAGUCCCUUCUUCCAAGGACAUCACUGGGAUCAAAACAGCAUCCUAAGGAUAAUUUGACUACAAACUUCAAUCUGUCUCAGCUCAGCGGCUUUCUAAGGACGAUAUUCAAGAAUUCUCACCAUCAAGGAACAAGUAACAUUGACUCAAGAUGAAUGCAAUGCUAGAAACCUCUGAGCUGCCUGCUGUGUUUGAUGGGGUGAAGUUAGCUGCUGUGGCUGCUGUGCUCUAUGUGAUCGUCAGAUGUUUGAAUCUUAAGAGCCCGACAGCCCCACCUGACCUCUACUUCCAGGACUCUGGGCUAUCUCGAUUUCUGCUGAAGUCCUGUCCCCUUCUAACCAAAGAAUAUAUUCCCCCCUUGAUAUGGGGGAAGAGUGGACACAUCCAGACUGCUUUGUAUGGGAAGAUGGGAAGGGUGAGGUCACCUCAUCCUUAUGGCCACCGAAAGUUCAUCACCAUGUCAGAUGGAGCCACUUCCACCUUUGACCUCUUUGAACCUUUGGCCGAACACUGCAUUGGAGACGAUGUCACAAUGGUCAUUUGUCCCGGAAUCGCCAACCAUAGUGAGAAACAGUACAUCCGGACCUUUGUCGACUAUGCCCAGAAGAAUGGCUAUCGAUGUGCUGUGCUGAACCACCUGGGUGCACUACCCAAUAUUGAGUUGACGUCUCCUCGAAUGUUCACUUAUGGCUGUACCUGGGAAUUUGGAGCCAUGGUGAGCUACAUCAAGAAGACUUAUCCCCAGACCCAACUAGUUGUAGUAGGCUUUAGUCUGGGUGGAAACAUCGUGUGUAAAUACUUGGGUGAAACCCAGGCAAAUCAAGAAAGAGUCCUGUGCUGUGUCAGUGUGUGUCAAGGAUACAGUGCAUUAAGGGCACAGGAAACCUUCAUGCAGUGGGAUCAGUGCCGAAGAUUUUACAACUUCCUCAUGGCUGACAACAUGAAGAAGAUCAUCCUUUCUCACAGGCAAGUUCUGUUUGGAAACAAUGUUAAGAAACCUCAAAGCCUUGAGGAUACUGACUUGAGCAGAUUGUACACAGCAACAUCUCUUAUGCAAAUUGAUGACAAUGUGAUGAGGAAGUUCCAUGGCUAUAAUUCUCUGAAAGAAUAUUAUGAAGAAGAAAGCUGCAUGAGGUAUCUGCACAGGAUUUAUGUUCCACUCAUGCUGGUUAAUGCUGCUGAUGACCCCUUGGUGCAUGAUAGUCUUUUAACAAUCCCCAGAUCUCUUUCAGAGAAACGAGAGAAUGUCAUGUUUGUGCUGCCACUUCAUGGAGGUCACUUGGGCUUCUUUGAGGGUGCCGUUCUUUUCCCGGAACCCCUGACCUGGAUGGAUAAGCUGGUGGUGCAGUAUGCCAAUGCCAUUUGCCAAUGGGAGCGUAACAAAUCCCAGUGCUCAGACACAGAGCAAAUGGAUGCCGACCUGGAGUGAUGCCCUUACAGACUCAGAAGCACUCCAGUGGCCCUUCCUUCUGAAACUACUCAUCUCUUCACUUGCUGCUUCAGGUUUUCAUCCUUCUCAAUAACCUGGGUAUGUCGGCAGGGAAGCUUCCCACCAGGAGCACCUCUCGCCGAGGCAGAUGGCUGUCCCCAGGAUCUUCAGGCUAUUUUUGUGCUUAGGUUACUGGUUUUCUUUAUCGCAUUAUUGGCCAUGAUGACGAGUGGCAGGAUUCUUAAUCACCUGUCCGAUUUCAGCAUUCGAUUAAGCCAAUUGUCAUCUAAUUUCCCUAUUAAAAAUGUAUCUGAACAGCAUCUUUGCUUUGCCAAUCAAAAAAAUCCUCCCAA